AUGGGCAGGAAUGGGGGAAUGGGCUCAUACACAAAAUUGGAAUUGGUGAUUCUGUGCUCGUCGAUUGUGAAAAUCUUGUCGACUCACGUUAUCGAGUGCAUCCUGCCAGCGCUCAUCGAUGCUGUAGGAAUACUGCCGGUUCUCCAUGCAGAAAUAAAGUUAAGAGAAAAAUCUGCACAGGGCCGAACCACGUCUCAGAGAUCACCAGAAGACCCAUCUGACUCUGUAUGCAGCGUCAUCGAAGGAGUUGUUACCCAAAUAAAAGAAGCAAUGAAACAGACACUCAUGACGUUUAGCUCUGUUAAAACUCCAGCUAAAAGUCAUAAGGCAAAGAGUGUGAAGAGAAACGUUGAUCCUGUAGGAGAAACCGCGAGCGACUGUUCCCUGAUCGAUGGUCUUACAGCCUCAUCCACAAACAGCAUAAUCACUGAGAUAAUACGACUUUGUUGUCCAGAUAUUUCUCACAAAAUUACAAAAGGGAAAGAACCUGACCAGCCUGUAAGCUUUCGACAGGUAAUAAACAGUAUCGUGAAGGCAAUGGAACACAUUGACAGUGUUCGCAGAUGUGCUUCCACGAGCGAUGUAUUGGGAGAAAGUGAUGAUGAGAAGAGCACUAUAUCCGACGGGAGUGAGGAGAGCAUUUUCAGUCAGCAGAUUAGGCGCAAGGCGGUGCACACUAUAAGCGAUAUUCUCCUUGAAGCAGGGGAAAAAAUCGCUUCAGCAGGGUCGCCACACUCCAACAAUGGGUCUAGUGCUGGCCCUUUAGAUGAGAUCACGAUCAUGGCAUCAUCAAUCCGUGUGCGGCCAACAGCUUCGGAAAUCACAAAGACGUUUUUGAAAGAUUUGAAAAAACAGGCGUCAUCCGAUCAGACAACUUCUGAUUCAACCAAACCAAUUUUUUCACGAAAUAGAUUUCUUUCAGCUGCCUGUAAAACCUACAGAUGUGUACAGAAGACGGUGUUUUUAUUUCUUCUAAAGGUCCAAGCAUCAGCUUCACCAGAAGAAGAGCCUCGUGCAACAUCAGGAGAAAGCGAGACUCUCAAAUCCGGAAACAGUGAUGCUUCUUCAUCAAAGCUGUCAUCAGAACAUGUCAAUCCAUCCAUGAUGAAUGUUGUGAAAGGCAGCAGCUCCUCUGUUUGUGACAAGGAGCAGCUCAGUCUCGACAUGUGCACAGAUGAAGUGAUCAGUAAAAUUUUGGGCGCGUACAGGAAGCAAGCCCAGAAACUGACCUCUGAUCACUUCCAGUCCACGUGCACUCAGUUAGUACGUGAUGUCCUUGUCAAAAAAGUGCAAAUGCUCCAUACGGGGAAAAACCCCAGGAAAAUUGUGAGAUCUCACUCUUCAGAUGUGCCUCUCAGAAAACUAUCACGUGACCUGAUAAAAUAUCUGGAUUCUGCGGCUUUGGAAAUCACACAAUCUGUUUCACGAGAAUUAAAGGAGUGUUUAGAGGAUCUGUCUAGGAACGAAACCCAAACAGGAUCCUCAAGAGUGAGCAGCAAAAGUGCUUUAGAUUAUGCAAACGUAUUGGCUCCUUUUCGUCUUUUUAGACACGUGAGAAAUAUGAUUAAGAAUACGUUCUCCACAGUAAAUGAUGCCAGACAGUCAAACAUAAGCGUUGGAACAACAUCUGGCUAUGAUGAGACAAGCUUUGAGCCGGUCACGGAAAUCUUGAUCAGAGAAGAUGGCACCAUUGUUAAGAAAUCCUCCUGGGAUCAUGAAGGUUUCUCCCGAGGCUUCGCCCAACGUCAGUCUCGAAUUGCGAACUCGGCCAUAAACCAGCUGAAGAGUGUGUUGUCUAGUAACUCCACCAUGCAGCAUCAUGCGCUAGUCAUCACAAAUGCAAUCUCAACCAUUCUGAGAAAUAUGACUGAAGCACCAAAUAUUGGAAGGAGGUUCUCAGAGUCGGUUCUAAUGGAAGCAUUUUCACACAAUCGUGUGUUCGGGGCUCGUGGUAUUUCCCCGCUAGUCCACAGCUUUGUACUGGAGUUUAUUAAACAUUUAGUCCAUUACUUAUCGAGCACAGAAUCAGCGUUUUUACAGAUGGCUGUUCAGACAGAGUUGUUGACUUUCCACACGUUAACACCAGACCCUGAGAAAGCCAUUACCGUGGCACUAAGUGAAUUGAGAAAAAGUCUUACAUAUUUCGUGGUGAAAUCCACUGACACAUCAGCCACGCCCAUAAACGGGAUGCCAAGUGCUCAGAAUAUGAACACACUGGAUGAGCUGAAUGCUCACAGUCAGGAGAGCCAAUUUAGUGUCUUGGAUAAUGAGUGCUCCUGCCCAAGUGUUGGACGUUCUGCUGGGAGGAGGAGGAGGAUCGCGAUUCACUUCACUGUUGGGAAAGAAGCUUCCUGGAUCAGCGAUCCUGAGAAGAGUGAAAAAUCGAAAAAUGGGAGCUGCCCUGCUGGUCAUCAGGAAAUCCACUCUUGGGAUGAACUGAAUGGUAAUAAUGAUUGGUUAGGAGAGACAGCUGCCAGUUGUCUGCGCAGGAAGUUUGCACCUUUCUCCAGCGCCAUGAGAAAACUGUUCAAGUCUCGCUGA